AUGAAUGACAAAAAGGAUUAUGCGGCAAUUGCAAGUUUAGAAAAACAACUUCGAGAGCAUAGUGCAGCCUUUGAACAAUGGAAGAUAGAUAACAGCCGACAGAAAGGAACCCCUUCAUAUGAUGAAUAUGUAUCUAAAUUUGCAGAAUGGGAAAGAAGUAUUCGAGCAAGGAUAGCUGCACAACAGGGGGCAUUUACAGAAGGGCAAACUGGGCCAAAAAGCAUCGAUUCAGUUCUUGACGAAUUACUUGAAAAAAUUGGAAUUCACGAAUUCAUGUUCGCUUUGGCCACUGUUCAUAUGACCGACAAAACAUUUAUCAAAAGUUUUGUUCAGGCGAGCCAAAUUGUUCAACCUGCUCUUCUGGAAUCUCGUGGAUGCAAUGCAAGAUUUGUUAAUGCUGCGAAAUUUCACGUUAGCUCUCUUCGAUUGAGCGAUGUGAUUACUGUCGAUGGUCCGGCUUUUGCAGAAUCAAUUUCCGAAGGAGAUAUCAGAUGGCUCAAACAAAAGGGUGAUUUUGUCAAAGAAGACGAGCUUGUUGCUGAAAUCGAAACUGACAAGACAUCGGUUGAAGUGCCUGCUCCACAAGCGGGAACAAUCGUGGAGUUACUUGUUGAGGAUGGAGAAAAAGUUACGGCGAAACAAAAAUUAUACAAGCUGCAACCUGGAGGGGAUGGUGGUCAAUCGGAGGCGCCGAAGCAAGAAUCAAAAACGCCAACUUCAAAUGCUCCACCACCAUCAUCAACUCCAGCAGCGGCGCCGUCUUCUCUAGCUCCACAACAACAAGCCAAAGCGUCAGGAGAAAUUCCCAAAUCUGCCCCACAAGUUUCUCGUCCACCUUCGGCACCGUCUUCCUCAGUUCCUGUCGGUGCAGUUCCAGUGACACGCGUCGUAGUGCCUGCUGGAGUUGCUCCUGAACAUGCGAUCACUGGUGCUCGUGAUGAAGUUCGUGUGAAAGCUAACAGAAUGCGUCUCCGUAUUGCUCAACGACUGAAGGAUGCGCAGAACACGUAUGCGAUGCUCACCACAUUCAACGAGAUUGACAUGAGUAGCGUCAUUGAAAUGAGAAAAACGUACCAAAAAGAUUUUCUUGCCAAACACGGAAUCAAACUUGGAAUGAUGUCUCCGUUUAUUCGAGCUGCUGCUUAUGCUCUUCAGGAAUCGCCAGUUGUAAAUGCCGUUCUUGAUGAAAACGAAAUUGUGUAUCGUCAUUAUGUCGAUAUCUCCGUGGCUGUCGCUACUCCAAAGGGUCUUGUUGUUCCAGUGUUAAGAAAUGUAGAAAGCAUGAAUUACGCACAGAUCGAGCAAGAGAUGGCUUCACUCGGAGUCAAGGCUCGCGAAGGAAAAUUGGCAGUCGAAGACAUGGAAGGCGGUACUUUCACGAUUUCCAAUGGAGGCGUCUUUGGUUCGAUGUUCGGAACUCCAAUCAUCAACCCUCCGCAAAGCGCUAUUCUUGGAAUGCAUGGAGUGUUUGAUCGUGUUGUCGCCAUCAAUGGAAAGCCUGAAGUACGCCCUAUUAUGCAAGUUGCUCUCACCUAUGAUCACAGACUUAUUGACGGAAGAGAGGCUGUCACAUUUUUGAAAAAAAUUAAGACUGCCGUCGAGGAUCCACGAACGAUGUUUAUGAAUUUGUGA